CCCGUCUUUUCCCUUCCGCGUCGGUCUCCUCCCCCACUCUUCUACUUCUUGCUGUCGUCGUCUUCUCUCGACUCCCCGUCCCCUCCCUCUGCCUCUCCCACCCGCCGCUUCCGGAUUCCGCCGCCCGUGCCCUCGCCACCAGGAAUUCCACUCGGAGUAAGGAGUGUUUUCCCCCGCUGCUUGCUUCGCUUCUCCGGUCCCGGGACCCGCCCCGCUUUCGCCCGACUUAGAUUCCACUUCUGUCCGUUCGCUCGCUCGCUCCUUUGUUCUUAUCCCCCUUGCUUUGCUCGUUCGUUCGAUUGGAGCUAGCCGCUGCGUGGAUUCCUCGGCUCGCCGUCCGGAUCUGGCCUCGCUGAGCUGCAGCUGCCGCGAAUCCCGACUCGAUUCGGCCGCGCUCGGAUCUCGCCGGACUAGCGGGGACCGAGGCCUCUCGAUUCGCCUCGGGGCCGAGAUGGAUCAUGUGGUCGGAGGCAAGUUCAAGCUCGGCAAGAAGAUCGGGAGCGGGUCGUUCGGGGAGCUCUUCCUAGCUGUGAACGUGCAGACCGGAGAGGAGGUCGCCGUCAAGCUGGAAAAUGUCAAGACGAAGCACCCGCAGCUUCACUACGAGUCCAAGCUAUACAUGCUUCUCCAAGGAGGAACUGGCAUUCCGCACCUGAAGUGGUUCGGCGUUGAGGGGGAGUAUAACGUGAUGGUGAUCGAUCUUCUCGGCCCUAGCCUUGAGGACUUGUUCAACUAUUGCAGUAGAAAGUUUUCUCUCAAGACCGUGCUCAUGCUUGCUGACCAAAUGAUUAAUCGGGUCGAGUACAUGCAUCAAAAGGGGUUUCUGCACCGUGAUAUAAAGCCUGAUAAUUUUCUUAUGGGGCUUGGUAGGAAAGCCAAUCAGGUAUAUAUAAUAGACUAUGGACUCGCAAAGAAAUAUAGGGAUCUUCAAACUCAUAAGCACAUCCCAUACAGAGAGAACAAGAACCUCACUGGAACUGCACGAUAUGCGAGUGUCAAUACCCACCUUGGCGUUGAACAAAGCAGGAGAGAUGAUUUAGAAUCUCUUGGUUACGUUCUUAUGUACUUCCUUAGGGGCAGCCUACCAUGGCAGGGGCUGAAAGCAGGGACCAAGAAGCAGAAAUAUGACAAAAUCAGCGAGAAAAAGAUGCUCACUCCCGUGGAGGUACUCUGCAAAUCGUAUCCAUCAGAAUUUAUCUCCUAUUUCCACUACUGCCGUUCAUUGCGGUUUGAAGACAAGCCUGAUUACUCUUACCUGAAGAGACUAUUCCGCGAUCUCUUUAUUCGGGAAGGAUACCAGUUUGACUAUGUGUUCGACUGGACCAUUCUGAAGUAUCCUCAGAUAGGCUCCAACCCGCGGAUGAGGGCAGGUGAAAGGACUAGUGGAGCUGCUGGACCCUCGAUGGACAAGAUUGAGAAGGCCACAGGAGAAGCAGGCGGUAGAAGGAAUCUUAGUGGUCCUGUGAACCAGACUGACAGUUAUGCACAACGACCGCGUGAGACCGUAUCUAUGUCAUUAAAGGAAAUUAUGCAUAGCACUGACCGGUCUGGGGAAAGGACCAUGGAGAGACCACGUACAUCCUCGCGCACAGGCAGUGCAUCCCGUAGAGCUGUUGCAUCAAGCAGCAGGCAGGCCUCAUCUGUGGAACCAAGUGAGCAGCAGUAUAGCCGGGCAAGCAGAUUGUUCUCUAGCAACAGUGGCAGUCGCCCAUCUAGCACCCAGAGGGUGAACCCAUCGCCAGGCGAGGCAAGGGCUACCUCCCUCUCACGGGCGGCAGUCGCGAGAGGCGCUCGCGACGAGCCACUCCAUCGCAGCCUGGAGCUUCUGUCCCUCGGUGGCGGCGGGAAAAGGAAGUAGUGGCAAGGAAAGCGAGCAUCUGAGAGCGGGCGGAAGGGAAGAACGCUUGUUUGCGACUCUGUAAAUGACAGGAUUCGUCAACAGUUUCCCUGGGGCUUCCCAUAGUUUCCUUGGUGCUCCGGUCUGUUGUACCAUUGCUUCAUAGAUAGCAACGAUUCCUUGUUAAACGUGUGCUGUGUUGCAGGUUGCGUUAGGGCCAAGUCCUAGCCUUUGUGAUGGUGAUUACAUUUAGGGGUGGUCAAGAUUCACUUAUUUAUGUUUCUUCACCCUUUCCUGGACUCGGCGACUUUUUUCAUGUCGAACUCUGAAUUUUCUUAUUCAACAGAAGUUGAUAAAAAAGGACUUCCUGUGUAAA